UCUCUCCACAGUGCGUGGAUGUGCGUGUCAGCUGCCUCAUCUCGUUUUGAUGUCGACUAGCUGCCACUGGGCCUGUCAGUAAAUAACGAAAUAAACACAUACGUGCGCGCGCGCGUACACACACACACCGAACACUCCGUUUGGAAGACGUGACCUGUGCUGUCGGAGCAACCGAGUCGGUCCGAAAUGAUGAGCCAGGCUCGGCCGGACGAGUUCAAGCCUCCUCCGGAGUGCCCGGUGUUCGAGCCCAGCUGGGAAGAAUUUGCAGACCCGUAUGCCUUCAUCAAUAAGAUCCGUCCCAUCGCUGAGAAAACGGGCAUUUGCAAAGUCCGGCCGCCUCAGGGUUGGCAGCCUCCGUUUGCUUGCGAUAUUGACAGGCUUCAUUUUGUUCCUCGCAUUCAGAGACUCAAUGAACUGGAGGCUCAGACCAGAGUCAAGCUCAAUUUUUUGGACCAGAUUGCCAAAUUCUGGGAUUUGCAGGGAUGUGCCCUGAAGAUUCCCCACGUGGACAGGAAGAUUUUGGAUUUAUACCAGCUAAAUAAGCUGGUAGCAGACGAAGGUGGAUUUGACAUUGUCUGUCGGGACAGACGAUGGACCAAGAUUGCGAUGCAGAUGGGCUUUGCCCCCGGUAAAGCAGUUGGCUCGCACUUGCGAGGACAUUAUGAGAAAACGCUCUACCCCUACAAUCUCUUUCAGAGUGGCGCAAACCUGCUGGCACCAGAGGCAGCUUCCAAACUGAUGCGUUUGGAGGCUGAUCCUGAGCUUGAAAAGUGUGUUCAAAAGCCAGUCCAGCUAGCAGAGAGAGAAGAACAGAAAGUAGAAAGUUUGGAGCAGGUUGACAGCAAGGAGCUCUUGCUGCAGGAUCCAGCACUACGGCAGCCCAUUCAGACGCCCGAGUCUUGCCCCAGCGCUCGCAGAGGAAAGCGCAUGAAGUCUGAGUCAAUCUGUGUGAAGAUUGAACCAGGCGAGCCAGGUGACAGUCGGCCGAACUUGAGGAGGAGAAUGGGCUCUUUUGUUGCUAAGCCCGAACCAGAGAGAGAGAUUCCCAUUCUAGUGAAUCAGGAGCCAGUUGAAAGCAAGGAACAAAUAAUUGAAGCAGCAGAUAAAUUCAAGCAACGCUACAAGAAAUACAUCCCCCCUGUUCCUCCAAGCCCAGUGGACCUGGUUGUCUGUCUGGUGUGUGGCAGUGGGGGAGACGAAGACCGCCUGUUGCUAUGUGAUGGCUGUGACGACAGCUACCACACUUUCUGCCUCAUCCCCCCUCUACAUGACGUCCCCAGGGGAGACUGGAGGUGCCCCAAGUGCCUGGCUCAGGAGUGCAACAAACCUCAUGAAGCAUUUGGCUUUGAGCAGGCUUACAGAGACUAUUCCCUGCGUGCUUUUGGGCAAAUGGCCGAUGCAUUCAAAUCAGAUUAUUUUAAUAUGCCAGUUCAUAUGGUUCCUACAGAGCUGGUGGAAAAAGAGUUCUGGCGCUUAGUGGGAGCCAUCGAGGAGGAUGUUACUGUUGAAUAUGGAGCAGAUAUAGCUUCAAAAGAGUUUGGGAGUGGAUUCCCCAUUCCUAAUGGAAAGUUUAAGGUUUCUCCUGCUGAUGAGAAAUACCUCAAGUGUGGGUGGAACCUCAACAACUUGGCAAUGAUGAAUCCAUCCGUACUCACUCAUGUCACAGCGGACAUCUGCGGAAUGACAUUGCCCUGGCUCUAUGUUGGCAUGUGCUUCUCCUCCUUUUGUUGGCACAUCGAGGACCAUUGGAGCUACUCAAUCAACUACCUGCAUUGGGGGGAACCCAAAACAUGGUAUGGAGCUCCCGGUUUUGCUGCAGAGCAGCUCGAGGGGGUGAUGAGGAAACUGGCUCCAGAGCUGUUCGAGUCUCAGCCCGACCUGUUGCACCAGCUUGUCACCAUCAUGAACCCCAACACCCUGAUGGCUCACGGUGUCCCAAUUUAUAGAACAAACCAGUGUGCUGGUGAGUUUGUUGUCACGUUUCCCAGAGCCUACCACAGUGGCUUCAAUCAAGGCUUUAACUUUGCAGAGGCAGUCAACUUUUGCACUGUUGACUGGAUGCCUCUUGGAAGACAAUGUGUUGACCACUAUCGCAUGUUACACCGGUACAAUGUUUUCUCCCAUGAUGAGAUGGUGUGCAACAUGGCAGCAAAAGCAGACACCCUUGAUGUGGUCCUGGCAUCUGCUGUCCACAAGGAUAUGGGCAUUAUGAUCCUGGAAGAGAAAGAACUGAGGGAAAAAGUGACAAAAAUGGGAGUAGUCCACUGGCAGGAGGCAAAAUACGAUAAUCUCCAGGACGACGAACGACAGUGCAUCAAGUGCCGGACUACCUGUUACUUGUCUGCCAUCACCUGUACAUGUAGCCCAGGAGUGCUGGUCUGUCUGCAUCACAUCAGCGACCUCUGCUCCUGCCCAGUCACCAACUACACACUGAAUUAUAGAUACGCACUGGAGGACCUGUUACCCAUGAUGAAUGCUGUGCAACAGCGAGCUGAACAGUAUGAUGAAUGGGCUUCUCGUGUGUCAGAGACUGUAGAGGCUAAACUGGAAAAGAAAAAAGGCCUGCCAGUCUUUCGCUCUCUUCUCGCUGAAUCAGAAUCCAAGCUGUUCCCCGACAAUGACCUGCUGCGUCGGCUGCGUCUGGUCACCCAAGAUGCAGAAAAGUGCUCCUCGGUGGCGCAGCAGCUGUUGAACGGAAAGAGGCAGACCAGGUAUCAGUGUGGCAGUGGGAAAUCCCGCAGUCAACUGACUGUGGAGGAGCUGAGUUCAUUUGUAAGGCAACUGUAUAACCUCUCCUGCAGCCUCCCUCAAGCCCCCUUGUUGAAGGUACUCUUGAAUCGCAUUGAAGACUUCCAGCAACACAGCGAGAAGGUCCUUGCAGACAAGAUGCCCAGUGUUGCCGAGAUCCAGAACCUAUUAGAUGUCAGCUUUGACUUUGACGUGGAUCUGCCUGAGCUGCCUCGCUUAAGGGAGAGGCUAGAGCAGGCCCGCUGGCUAGAGGGGGUGGAGCAAGCCAGUAUCCAGCCUGCAACACUGACUUUGGAAACCAUGCGAAGGCUCAUAGACCAGGGCGUGGGCCUGGCACCGCACUCAACCGUGGAAAAAGCCAUGGCACGCCUUCAGGAGCUUCUGACAGUGUCAGAACAUUGGGAGGACAAGGCGAGCAGUCUUCUGAAAUCCAGACCACCUCACUCCAUUGAGACCCUUUGUGCUGCUGCUGAGGAGGCGUCUGGAAUCUCAGCUCACCUCCCAAAUUGCCUUCUCCUGAAAGACACCAUCAGAAAAGCUCAAGAAUGGCUUCAGGAAGCUGAGCAACUUCAGGCUAACGAUUGCAUACUAAUGGUGGAAAAUUUAUCUAACAUGGUGUUACGAGGACAAGCCAUUCAAAUCCACCUGGAGCCCUUGGAUAGACUGGAGUCUUUAAUGGCAGAGGUACAAGACUGGAAAGAAUCUGCUGCUUUAGUUUUCCUUCAGAAAGACACUGCCCAUUCCCUGCUUGAGGUUCUGUGUCCAAGAUGUGAGGUUGGAAAUGAAGGCUCUCCUAAGAGGAAGGCCAAGAAAGGGAAGGAAUCGCCUAAAAGUAAUAAGAAGAAACCUCUGAGACUCAACACUGCCAAUGACGUAGAGAAAGCUCUUUCAGACGCCAAGGAUUCAGCCUCUGCUUAUGCAACUCUGGAGGAUCUGCGGGUCAGGGAGAUGGAGGCCAUCUCUAAUCUAAGAGUGGCAAAUGAGUCAAAACUCCUCCCUACUGCAGACUGCAUGGAUUUGAAGGUGUGUGUCUGUCAGAAGAUACUCAUGGGAGCAAUGUUGCAGUGCGAACUGUGCAGAGAUGCCUUCCACAGCGUGUGUGUCAGGAGCCAAUCAGACCUCAGUGAAACACCGCCAUGGCUGUGUCCCCAGUGUCAGCGAUCCAGAAAACCCUCGUUAGACAAAGUUCUCCCCCUAGUCUCUUCCCUGAGGCAUCUGAAGGUUCGCCUGGCGGAGGGUGACGCACUGCACCACCUGGUUGAGAGGACAGUUAACUGGCAGCAUCAAGCUCAAGAAUUUCUACAGUCUUGCAAUUUGACUGAACUGGAAAAUGAAGCGGAAUCACCCCCCACUUUGACCCGUUGUGCAUCUGGCUCCACAGACACUUACAAGAACACUCAGGCUCCUUGUUUGACUCCAGAGUGGAACAAGACAAAUCCUGCUCAGACUGUCUUCUAUACCGAGCAGAGAUGCAUCCCACUGCAGGGCUUGAGUCAGGACCUGGAGGAGCUGAUGGUGGAAGGUCUCCUACUCCAAGUGUCAUUACCAGAGGUCCAGACCCUCCACCAUGUUUUAUUGGACAGAGCCACAAGCCAGCACACAAACACUUGUGUGUCUCCACCGCAGGACGACCUCACGGACUGCGAUCAACAUAUACAAUUUAACUCUCAGGGAAAAAACCUCCACCAGGACGGUGACAUGAGGGAACCUGUGUUUGUUCCACAGAAGAAAUCAAAGAGGCAUUUAGAGAGGGAAGCUGUAAAUACCAAGGGGAGAGACAGAAAGCACUCUUACAAAAGACAGAAGAUUAAUAAAAAGCAAUUACAGCGCAGACCAGCCUCAAACCUGUCCUCACCACGAUCUGAUAUCUCACAGUCGGACGAGUCCGAUGAAGACAUGGCUAUGUGUCCUGCAGAGAUGUGUCAGCUUCCAGAGGGGGAUGAGGUGGACUGGGUCCAGUGUGACGGCAGCUGCAACCAGUGGUUUCACCAAAUCUGUGUUGGUGUCACUGCUGAGAUGGCGGAGAAGGAGGACUACAUUUGUGUCCGAUGUACACUGAGCAACAGACACAAGAGUAAAUGAAGAGAUUUUUCCCAAAUGACAGUUGUUGAGGUGCCACUAGUCACACUCUGCCACAUAUGUCCAACCUUUUUGUAACAAUGGUGCUAUCUUCUCUUUCACUUGUUGUCCAGAACUAUAUUGUUUAGUUAUUUUUCUUUUUUUCUAUUUUUUACAUACAUAUUAUAUAUAUAUUUACUUCUUAUGGAUUGUUUGUGGCUGUCAAAAUGGAAAAAAAAAAUAACGCAGGAUGUGAUAUGUACUUGCAUGGGAUGCCAGGAGUCUUACUUCAAACAAACCCAGUAUAGUAAAGGUAAAUGGUUGAUCAAGGGUUAUUAUCUUCUUCUCUGGGGCCUCGUUGCAUGCUUAGCAAAAUUGAAUUGAGUCAACUUUUUUCCUCUCUAUCCCACCGUUUGUUUUUUAAUUCCAAUGUUUAGUACAUGCAUCUUAAUAUAAUUAUUCCCAUUUUUGUAGAAUAGGUUUAUUUAUCUCAGCAAUAAUUUGACAUAAAUGGGUCUACAUCAAAUUGUUAGUGCCAUAGCAAUGGUGUGAUGUACAGAAAGCUACACAAGUGGAUGGGUGGCAGCUGCAGAGUAGCAGGUUGAAGGGAAAGAAUGCUCACGUGGCAGCGUGUAACUUGGUGUAGGAUGCUCAGUGUGGACAUGGCAUAGUUUAUAUUGUGGAAUAAAUUCAUUUUGUUCUAUG